AUGAAGGAACUGUUCUCUGACGGCGGUCCUGGAUCUGUUCCGUCUGAAGAUAUCCAACAACUACAGAGAUCCUUGGCGAAUAUGACGACGGAGAGUUUACUGUGUGUGCAGACAACAGAAGUUUCUACUAAAGAAAUCAUUAUGGGCACUGAGCACGAGCAACUAUUUGAGAAGGACAAGAGAGAGAAGUACAUCAAGGUGAUAGAGACGUUUAAAGAGAAUGCAGCGAAGGCAGUAGUGAACAUAAAGGAUCAUCUUCGUUCUGUCUGACAAAUUCAACUUCUUUCUCUCUGAUAACUCAACCCAUUUCUCCACCACUCAUCUUUGUUUAUCUUCUCUCAAACAAGUAAGUGAUCAUCCCUCUCUUAGUCCAAAUCCCAACUUUACAGAUUUUUUGGCAUGAUUAUGUGUUUGAUUAGAAAAGCUAUAAAGUGGGCAUUUGAAAAUCAAAUGUAAAGAUUCUAUUUUUUCGUGCGACAAACAAAU